GUGUGUAGUGGACUCCUGCACGUCGCUCUCAAACUUCAGGGACACCUCCUACAGGAGGACCGGUGUCGAGCUACGGCUGUGAUGCAGGUUUAGCAUUUUUCUUUUACCUUACACCUCCUGUAAAAAAGAAGGAAGUGGCACGAGCCGUCUAGUGAAGACUCGAGGGGCUCCGGAGCUCGUGCUUCAGCCCAAACCAGCCGCACAAUGGCCCCGUCCCUCAUCCGAGCUUGCCGCAGUCUGGCUCUCUCGACGUGGCUGCUGUCCUUCUGUUUCGUCCACCUUCUGUGUCUGGACUUCACGGUGGCAGAGAAAGAGGAGUGGUACACGGCUUUUGUCAACAUUACCUACUUGGACCCCGUCACUUCGGAGGUCAAGACGGAGAAAACCGAGUGCGGGCGCUACGGCGAGCACUCCCCCAAGAAAGAAGCCAGAGGUCUGGUCCUGGUGCCGUCCCUGUUGCAGGACAGGCAGGCGUGCGACCCCAAUGUCAGGUUCCCGCCUGUGUCUCCCCCCAACACCACCUGGAUAGCCUUGGUGGCUGCGGGGAACUGCACAUACCGGGAGAAAAUCCGGAACGUUGCAAACCACAACGCCUCUGCAGUUGUCAUAUACAAUGUGGGCUCCAGCAGUAGCAACGACACCAUCACAAUGCCUCAUCCAGGUACAGGAGAUGUUGUGGCCGUCAUGAUCCCUGAGCCCAAAGGUCGUGAGAUUGUGGCCUUACUGGAGCGUCAAAUUUCCGUCACAUUGCACAUCACCAUAGGAACCCGCAACCUGCAGAAGUAUGUGAGCAGAACAUCGGUGGUGUUUGUCUCCAUAUCCUUCAUCGUUCUCAUGAUCAUCUCCCUCGCCUGGCUCGUCUUCUACUACAUCCAGAGGUUCCGCUACGCUAAUGCACGAGACCGCAACCAGAGACGAUUAGGAGAUGCUGCCAAAAAGGCCAUCAGUAAGCUACAAGUACGCACAAUAAAGAAAGGAGACAAGGAGACUGAGUCAGAAUUUGACAACUGUGCCGUUUGCAUUGAAGGUUAUAAGCCCAAUGAUGUUGUGAGGAUAUUACCAUGCAGGCAUGUCUUUCAUAAGCACUGUGUAGAUCCGUGGCUACAAGACCACCGCACAUGUCCCAUGUGUAAAAUGAACAUCCUCAAAGCCUUAGGAAUCCCACUCAACCCAGACUGUACAGAUGAGGUUCCUCCAGACUAUGAGACAUCUGUUGGGGGUCCUCCCACUAACGCCAUCAGUGGAGCGAGUGAAAUCACAGUUAACGAAAGCUCAGUGGUUCUGGAUCCAUCUGGGAGGGCGAUAGGCCUUCAGCAGCUCCAUCCAGAGAUGGCGCCUCAGGCAGGCGAGGAGAACUACGUCAUCGGCAACAGUGAGCACCAGCCUCCUCUCAGCAGUGACUCUGACACCUCCAUCAUCACAGGCGUAGAGGUAGGCAUGUCUGAGGUAGACCUGUCUGUGGAGCAGGAAUGUCAGGGAGCUAAAUCCUGAAAAAAGCAUGACUCAGCAGAAAAAGGAAGAUGAGAGCUGGAGCUUUCCCCUCCUGCAGGAAGUGACUUCUCAGAAGACGGGCAGACGAGCAAUAGAACAUAGCAGCACAAAAACACCCAGUUCUGUCUUUACUGCAUCUGUGGGCAUGUGGCUUGCUCUUUUUCCAGCAGUCCCACUUUACCAUUUUGUUGGUUUGAGCGCCACGGUGACCUCACAGCCAAUCACAGCUCUCACAUUGUGGCGGCCCAGUUUUUGUCCUUCACAGUUCUGAGAAAGCUGAAAUAGGCUCUCCUUACUCUGGCGACCUAAACCUGCUGCUGGACACAAUGUAAGCACACAAGCAGCAGGGACUCCUUAAAGCCAGAAUGCAGCUUUAAUUAUUCUAUAAACAUGUACAGGUUGGUCAACGUCUUGGUUUGUAAUCACUGCCAAAUUAAUCUAGAAGUUUAACUGAUGUGAUGGACAUUAAGCAUGUAAAGAGUCCAUAUCAGCUAUUCCUCUAACAGCUGGUAAAUAUUUCCACCAGCAUUUCCAACUAAAGACGUACAUGUGGUCUUGUGACAUUAAGGAGCUGAAAUAUGUAUGCACAAGUUAUGCUGUAAUCUCUAAAUGUACCUGUUCCUUUUAAUGUCAUGUGGCACCCUUGUAUACAACUUUUUAACAACUGAAUAUUCCUGCUGUUGAGACGAAAUAACCACACACAGUAGAUAUUUCCAUCCUCACAUUUGACAAUCAUAGCCUGCCACAAGCAGUUUGAAGUGAUGUCACCCACUGCCCUCCUGAAACUGCUGCUGUUUUCCUAGUUAUCCCAACACGAGACGUGGGUGAUUAUUUGCUGCCGUCCGUCUGGAGGUUGAUGUUUAUAUCAGCGUUCACACUGCUGCUUAAUACAGCUGGCAGUAGCGGUCGUCUCUACCAGACUCUGGUGGUGUGCACACACUGUAGACAAACGUCCUACACUUGUCAAGCCAACGUAAAUAUGUCAACAAGUCUUUGUGCCAAGAAUAUCAGUAGUAUUAAAUCUGGUUGUUGUCCUUCAUGCACACUGAUUCUCUUGGCUGCCAAUCAGGCUGUUAUAUGGCUCACAAUAUAAAAAUGAAGAACUAACCAGAGGAAAGCUGUUAUAGGUUUAAAAGGGACAACUUUAGAUAGAAGCAGAGAAAGAUAUUCACUUUCUGAUUACAUAGGGUACAUUCAGCUCAGUAAAGGCACUUGUUUGAAGAAAGCAUGGGAUCUUAAUGGCAUGAGGAGCUUGCAGCAUGAGGUAUACAGGUCUGGAAGUUUUGUUUGGAUACAGCCAACAUUAAGGUGGUUAAUUUUGGACACAGACAUGCAUGCAUUGUAAUGCUUCCUCAACUUUUUACAAAGAUCUCUACAAAGAAAAAAACACAGAAAACAGAUGCUUUGGUUUUCCCUUUCAGUCAGCAAACAGCAAAACUGCCUCACCACAACAGCAUAAGCCAGGAAAUGCACCAGACAUCAAAUAUCUUUACUUUUUUUUGGAAGUGAGUUAAGACAGUUCUACAUACUCAUAUUUGAGACACUGAAACACCAGUUCUGUAUAUUUACAACUGCAAAUGUUAACCAUGAUAACAGCCCUGUAAUCUAUUUUUUGCUCUUUGUUUUUGUUCACUCUCAGCAAUCAUAAAGGGGUUUCUGUGUGGGACAGAACAAAUAAGCAUCUACACAUCACCUGCUCUGAACCAAACCGUUUACAAACAGUAAGCAGCAAAUUAAACUAGCUUUUGAUCAGCGAAAAAGAUGUCAUUCUGAAAAGGUGGUAGGGACCAAAAACAGAGAUAAAAGUAAAUGACAUUACAUUCUCUAGGCAGCCAAAAACAGAUGCAAAAAAAUGGGUGUUGGUCCAAGAACAGCUGGAUGUUAUUAGAAGUAAAAGUUAAUGUUCGCAGCCUGUUUCCACUGCUCCUAUGCAGCCAGAACUAAGUGAGUACAGGUUUUAAGCUAGUGGCAACCAAAGCAACAGUGCACAAAACUGCAGUCCCCCAUUUGUCCACUUGAGGCUGAUUACAAAAGGCCUAGAAGUCAAAUGCACACCACUUCAAAAUGCCUGCUUAAAGAACAGAAAUAAAAAUGUUUACAGUCUGGUUCAAAAAAAGAAUUUGGUCUGAUUGGCUUAUUUCUUCAUCGGCGUUCGCUGUACUGGGAAUGAUUUUUUUUAUACAAUUCAUUAAUUUUAAUUUAAUGAAGGAUAUGAGUUAACAUAAAAAAACAUCACACACUUAAACCUGGCCUGCUAAGUCCCAUGCCUUUAUUUUUCUACUCUUUUUUUUUUUCUACUUCACAGUUAAAGGAAAACUGUAAAGAAAAACAAAAGAAGUGAAAAUGAUUCUGUAGCUCUUCCCCUCCUUGAAAAAAAAACAGAACAAAACAAAACUUCUUAUGGGUUAGCACGGCACUGCUAAGUUGGAGCUAGAACGCACAACUUUUUUACUUCAGUCUCUGUUAUGUGGAUCUAAAUGAUAACCCAAACAACAUUUUAACUUUGUUAACAUUACUCCAUUAAGAAAGAUGUUAGCUUUGAUAAAAGUUCUAUUUAUUCCAUUCAAAAUGAUCUGAGGUUAACACUAAUAUUUACAUUAAAAACUACAGAAAAUUCUGCUGUCCACCCCUUGCACAUACAAUCUUUUAUUUUUUAUUUUUUAAAGUCACAUCAGUACAUACAGGGUAGCAAGGUCAGAGUUUUCUUUAUAAUGGGGCUUUUCCAUCACAUUGAGCGGCUUGGCUCUACUUGGUUUGACUCAGAACGGCAGUCCAGUGGUGCUUUUCCACCCCAAGCGAGCUGCCUGUUUGAGGGGGCGGAGAGCUGAUGAUGCUGCGUUUUGAGUCGAUGGUGUUCAAUGGUUGCGCUAGGGUACCAGAAGAACAGUUUUUACUUCAAAGAUUCUUCUUCUUGUACUAUUGGUAGUCCUGUAGGUAUUUCAAAGUUUGGUGCAAUGGUUGCUACUUAAACAUGUCUGUCAGCAAGGUGUCCCCAAAUGAUGACGCUUGGAGGUGGGGCCCAGGACCACUCUGGGCACGGCUUGGUGUAGCCUGGUGCAGCCAAACUGGGGGUGAGAAGGAAAAAAAGUAGCUUGGUUUGGAUCGGCACAGCAAAAAUGAUGGGAAAAGCCGUAUAUCUUUUUCAAGAUUUGCUUUCUAAACAUUUGAAGUCCUUCAAAAAGCACCAGCCUUUUAUUAAAACAAUCUUAGAAGACCAGCUCCUUUAGGCGGUUACCUAAACCUUAUAUAAAAACUGAGGAGUUAAAGUUAAGUUAUCACAAGGAGUUGCUUUAAAAUAAAUUUUUCUUUCUGUAUAGACAAUGUCAAAAUUGUAAGAUGUUUUCAAGCAGCUGAUUUAGUUUACAUAAGAAGUCCUGUCAUUUUUGUAAUUUUUGUUGAACUUUUGAUUUGUCAUAGUCAAAAUUUUACAAUGAUGUCAAGAAGAUAGAAAACGACAGCUCACCUGAAAACAGCAAUUGCAGUGUAGAUUGUGGCUCAGAAUGAAAGUACAAAAAUACAUGUUAAAUGGGUUUUAAAUUUAGCUAGGUUAGUGGUGAUUUAUAGUCAGACAUGAAAGUUAAAGAUGACUGUUAUUUAAAACUCUUACAGUUUGUGAUCUUAUUUAGUUGUACUUUUUUCUGCUGCAUCUCGUCCUUUAUUCCUGUUCCUAUAAUAUCCUAUCUAACAAGACUGCAGGAUAGACUUGGUCCAUUUCCUUUCGCAUUCCCUUCCACUUGCACACUGAUGAAGCACAGACCCACAGUCCGUGGAGCCAGUGGAAUUUAACUGGUGAUUUUAAUUUCCAGUCAUUGUUUCCAUUAUGUCCUGCUGUCACCUGGGACUCUGGUUAUAUAACACACAUGUGCAAGACUUCCCUGAUUGGGCCAAUCGUUGAAGAAUCAUUGAACGUGGGGGCAAAUGCUUCAGAUUGUUGGAGUCUUUGCAAUUUGCAAUUUCACACCCAAGGAAAACAACUUGUAGGACAAUUAUCUGACAGCAGAGUUUCACUGAGAAAUACCGCCUGUAGAUGGAAAGGCUUGACAGUUUUUACAUUACCUCACUUUGUGUAAAACUAGCACAUGAAUCUGCUCUGUAACCCACCAUUUCCACAUGACUGAGAUGUGCGGUUGCAUAAAGGAAUACUCAAGAAUGUACAUUUAAACAUGCUCUAGUUGCUCAUUUUACCUCUAGCUUUACGUUUCUUCUGCUGUAGUGAUGAAAGAGCACAGGAGGAUAAUUGUUUCUCUUGCCAGCACAUUAAAGACACAGAUUCAUGUGUCUCAGCCAGCAUUACAUGGACAUUUAAGCGUCCUGUAUGUUACAUAAUAUCACAUAGACUGUAAGACAGCACAAGACGCCACGAGCACCAAACAACCUCAUGUGUUCCUCUCAUUUCAGCUUGUGCGUCCUUCUCACUUUUCCACACAAGCACAACAAACCCUGUUACCAACUGACAGUUUGUUUGGUCUGCAUAGCAACAGGCUAGAGCACAGCACAUCUGUUUCAAGUGCCAGAUCACUCGAUCACCGUUUGUGUAGAGGUGGGUUAAGGCCUUCUUAUUCAGUCUAACUUUAACGUGGUGUGAUGAAGCUUUAAGAUGAUUUAUAUGGUUUGUUUCUUCUUUUUUGCCAUGUUUCAAUGACAAAUGUCUUUAAAGAAAUUAAAAUUCUAAGAAAUGUUAAGGUCAAGCUAUUUUGUUUUCUUAUCUAAUAGGAACAAGGGAACUUCACACAGCAAGACUGUCUCUAUUGGUAUGGAGCGUUGCUUAUUACAUUUUCUAUUGAAAAAAAAUAAAUUGGUGCUAAUUUGAAGGAAAACAGAAACAACUUUAUUGGAGACUUUUUUGCUCAUACUGUCAGUUGUAGGGAUGUGACAAUACAUCUGCGCACAGUGUGAUACGUAUUAGAGAGCUGCACUGGGAGCAAACACUAGUCUCACAAAAGGGGCGCAGGAGGACCAAAAAAAUCUGCUGUGUCCUGGAUGGUCCCGUAAAGCUAAUGCCUACUGUGAUGGAAUGAUGUGUAAAAGAGGAUUAGUAUUUUUUUUGUACAACACAGAGACAGAGCAGGACCAGUCUGAUAUGUUGAUAUAUAUUUCAUUCAUAUCUGAUAGAACAACAAUGGAAAAAAGUGGACUUCUUUUAAGCUUCUAGGGAUUCUAGGGAUGUGUUACACAUUGCUAUUACACAUCACUGAGACAUCAGGGAUUGAACGUUACUGUUAUCUGACAAUUAAAGUCACCCUCGCUGCACAUACACAGUGCCGUGCAGAAAUUUUAGGCAUGUUUGGGCCAAAAAUUGAGGCUGAAGUAAGAUGUUGAAUGGUGGCACCAUCGGCGUGAGGAUUCACACAACCCUGGUAGUGCUCUGGAUGUCCUUGCGUAUUAUCAGGGGCAUGGAAAAAUAGUCUGCUGAAAAAAUAACUAAGUUCAAACCUUUAUGGCAGAGUAAGGGGGGGAUGUGUGGAACAAGCAUGGCCCAGGGUACUAUUUGGGCAGUUCAUUAAUUGUUUAUUUGGCUCUAUGAGCAUUAGUAUGUGCCCUCAGCUACUCUUGCUGGGGUCCAGAGCAUAAAAUAGUUUACGUACAAAUAGUCCAUACAAUAUUGAAUAAGGCGAAACACAUACAAUGUCAUCACUACUUCCACAGUCACAUGCAUGACACAGCAAGCAACAGGUAAGUUGAUAGUUAAACCAACUGAGUAUGCCUUUAACAGGAAAAAAAAUAAACAACCACGAACUUUUAAUGUCUUUAAGGCCUGAAAAUCACUGGCUUGGUCUACAGGCAUAUUACUUAUGGUGAAAAGGCCUGAACAAAAAAGAUGCUGUCAAGCUUCACAUGCAUGUUGACUUGUGUGGAGCUGGACUCUGCCCCCCACCCACCACCGCCACCAGUUGUGGCACAUCUGGUCCUAUGAUCAGUUUGUAGCACCUUGCAUGCCUAAACAUUAUGCACAUGAUUGUAUGUUUAAAUAAAGUGCUUAUCGGCUCCGCUGUAGCCAAACAGUGUGAUGCUUUUAAAAACUCUACAAAAAAUUGUAUGCAGUUAAACAGUGUAAAUGAGUCAAAAAGUCACUGUCUUAUUUAUAAAACAUGCACAAGAGCCUCAGUGCCUCCCUAAUUGUGUUGCAGGCCCAUCAUUGUUUCCAGUGGUGUGCCUCGAUGUGCACAGAGACACUGAGUCAUUAUGCAGUUAUACAGGUGAAAAAAUCACCCCCUUGCCAUACAUAUUGACCUUAUACAUAAAGCAUCUGAUGUACAGACAAGGACGGCAGCAGGAAGCAACACUGUCUGUGAGAGCUGAUGGAAGUACACGGCUGCGUUUAUGACCCAAAAACUUUUCAGUGAUCAGGAAAACAAUUCCUCCUCUGUAUGACUUGAAAUAAAUUAGAAGUUAAUAAAGUUUGUAAUUACGACUUUUACAUCACUAUUACUAAUAUAAAUAGUCAAUAUAUAAUGCCAUUUGUCAAGUGUACUUAAACACAUUAACAUCAUUCCUUAUUAGAUAUUCAAAAUGUUAAACAUGAACGGUCAGAAUUCGGGAGGUGGUGCGUUACGUGGUGAAAGUGGGAGUAAAUAACUCACAUAUUGGUCAGAACUCUAGCAGGCGCUGGAUUAAGAAAACAGCCCGGUGCAGCCCUCUAAUGCGUAUACUGAGUUCACAAUAAGAUUUUUAAGGUUUUCACAUCUUUACAAAGACAUGAGAAUGUGGAUUUAUGGAUAGAUUUGAUUAUUUUAUUUCAGUUCUCUGACAAUAAAAAUGCCAAAAAGCCAAUUUUUAUAUUUUUCUUUGUGCAUAUUUUUGAAUUUUGAGGCUGCAUAAUGAAACAAAGCCCGAUGUUCUUUAUAAAAAGAGACACUACUGCUUCAACCACUGAUAUCACACGUGAAGCCACAGCAGUACAGCACCCUCUGCUGACUAAAAAGAAUAUUACAGUGUAUAUUUUUUUUAAUUGAUUCAAAUUUUCCAUAGUAGUAUCUGUUUGUUAGAGCAUUGCAAAGUACUGUUACAUCCCUAGAUAAUUAUGGAGAUUGUGUUUGUGGAGGAGCAUCAGGAACCAGCCAGAUGUCAAAAAGGCAUCCAAACAAUGAAUAAAAAACGUGUCAAAAACUUCACACCUAAUAAAACUGCACAAAACUGUCAACACUAAUAAAAGCACACCAAUAAAUAUUGUAUAUUUCAUGGUAGUUGACUAUAUUCUAAUUGAACUGUGUUCCUACCUUUUAAAAGCUACAUUCAUGAUAAUUCAUUGUUUUCCCGUAGCAAAUACCAAACAUUUUUUCUCAAGAAGAGUCACAAUUAUUCCAGACCCACUGUGGGAAAAAUGAUGGACCUGUCGUAUGAAGUGUUUCCCGUCAUGUAGUCAUCAUUUUGUCCCUUUGUCUGUUGGGUUUUCUUCUGUUCGUGUACACUUUCCUAUACUGCACUUUAACCCUCCAGCGAAUAGGGAGAGGCUUGACUGAAUGACUUGAGAAAGUCUCUUUGUAUGUACAGCUGUGUAGAACGAGGGCUACAGUAUCGAACUUGGCACAUGACUCAGCUGAUGUUUAUUUUAUACUGUCGUGAUCUUUUGUCUGUACUGUUGUGUAUAUGUGGGCCAAGGGAGGGGUAUCGAAAUAUUGUACACUAUAUCCAGCAGAUAUAACAGCAUUGCUAUUUUGUAAUAUAAAAGAAGUAUAUGAAUAAUAAACAUGGUCUCUGUCCCUUUUUUGUA